UCUCAUAAAACUCAACUCCCUAGCUAACAAAAGAGGAGCGAGAGAGUAGUGAGCAAAACUUAUAAUACGAUAGAUCAUACACACGAGAGCGUCAUGGGAUCCCUAGCAGAAGUCGUGGAAGACUGCUUUGGAGUCCUCCAGUUAUAUAGUGAUGGGUCGAUAUAUAGGGCAAAUGUCUCCGAUAUAGAUUUCGGAGAAUUUAACAAUAAUAAGAGUAGCCAAGAAAUAGUCGGAGAAGAUUGUAUAGUUGAAUGGGAAGAUUGUUUGUUUGAUGAGAAAAACCAACUUAAUUUGCGUGUGUAUAAGCCUAGUUAUAAGAAUAGCAUGAGCAAAAAGUUGCCAGUUUUGUAUUACAUACAUGGAGGAGGUUUCUGUCUAGGCUCUCGCACUUGGCCUAACUGUCAUAACUGCUGCCUUCGACUUUCCUCUCAACUUCAAGCUCUUGUUAUUGCACCUGACUACAGAUUGGCACCAGAACACAAGCUACCAGCAGCAAUAGAAGAUGGAUUAAAUGCAAUAAAAUGGCUACAAUUACAGGCUAAACGAAGAGAAGAGGGUAACCCUAGAAAAGAUUACAAUCAAAACGAUCAAAAUACGUGCAUUAAAUUGGUAGAAGAUGGAGUAGACUUUGAAAAGGUGUUCAUUAUCGGAGACUCUUCGGGUGGUAAUAUUGCCCAUCAUUUGGCAGUCCGUUUAGGACCCGGAUCUCCCGAAUUAUCACCGGUCCAGGUUUGCGGCUAUGUGCUUUUAGCUCCAUUUUUCGGCGGGUCUCUUAGGACCGUAUCCGAGGCUAAUGGUCCUCCUGAACCCGUUCUUACCUUGGACUCCCUUGAUAGGUUUUGGAGACUAUCUCUACCUAAAGGAGAAGAUAGAGAUCAUCCAAUAGCAAAUCCAUUUGGACCAUCUAGUCCAAAUCUAGAAUUGGUAUCCCUUGAUCCAAUGCUUAUUAUAGUGGGUGGCAAAGAAAUUAUGAAAGAUAGGGUGGAGGACUAUGCAAAGAGGUUAAAGGAGCUUGGCAAAGACAUUACUUAUGUUGAAUUUGAAGGCCAACACUAAACCUGGGCACGGGCCGGGUUGGCCCGCGUGCCGCCCGACACGGCCCGCCGUUCGGCGCAGCCCGGCACG